GGGUGGGAGAAAGUCUCCAAUUCCCUGAAAUUCACACGCCACUUUAUCUCUCUCUUCAAAGGCCCCUUCUCACUCCGUACUUUUCUUUUAGCGUCCAGACUCCGGCAGAUAGGAGGAGCUUCCGAUUCAAUCAUUCAAUGGCGAACAGCAAUCUUCCCCGCAGGAUCAUCAAGGAAACUCAGCGGCUUCUCAGCGAGCCAGCACCUGGAAUAAGUGCUUCUCCAUCCGAAGAGAACAUGCGAUAUUUUAAUGUGAUGAUUCUUGGUCCAACACAGUCUCCUUAUGAAGGAGGCGUUUUCAAGCUGGAAUUAUUUUUACCUGAAGAAUACCCAAUGGCUGCUCCUAAGGUUCGGUUCCUCACCAAAAUCUACCACCCCAACAUUGAUAAGCUUGGAAGGAUCUGUCUUGAUAUUCUUAAAGACAAAUGGAGUCCUGCUCUUCAGAUACGAACUGUGUUGUUAAGGUAUUCAUGUUUCUGGUAUCUCUACGGUUUUGCUGACUAAUCAUCUUCCCAUGUAGAGUUUCUCUUACACACUUGGUCCUAGCUUUUUGUCUACUUGGUGCUUUUUGGAACAUUGCUCUGCAUUAUAGGAAGCUAAUUUGUCUGUGAGCUCUAGCAGAAAAAAGAGAGGACUGUGGCAGUCAUUUAGAGUAAAUGAAAGAGAUAACUAUGGAUUUGAUACUGGUGUUUCACUUAGGCUCUCUCUCUUUCCAUGAAAAUAUUCUCUCCGUCUUGAUUUAGUUCACUUUCUUUAAAAAAGCAUUUUUAAGAAAUGGGUUUAAAAAUGUCAAAUAAAAUCUUCAAAUGAGUUUGUUAUUCAUGUCAAGUUGUCAACAAUGCUUAUACCAUAUGUCUAGGAUAUUUUAGACUAUUUAUAAUAAUUUCUUUAAUAUAUAUGGAAAGUGCACAACUAAUUUUGGACAAACGGAAAUAAGAAACUAGGCAAUUAAAUCCGGGCGGAGGGAGGAGUAUGUUUUAUUUCGAAACAUUUUCCAGAUUUUCUAGAAGCCGUUAUCCUUAAGUAGUUUUUAAGAAUUUAAAUUUUCCUAUAUUUCUGGGUCAAAUAUUAUACAGAAAAACAACUAAUUUUCCAGAAUACAUUUUCCUCGAUUUCAUGGAAAAUAUUGUUCACUGCUAGUAUCACAACUCAGUUUUUAACCAUCAAAUGGAUCCUUAGAAUUUCCCCUUUUUCUUUAGCAUUAUAAAGUGUUAUCUCCUCCCCCAUCCCAUUAAAAACUGCACGGCACGACUGAUUCAAGCUGCCUUGUCAAUGCCGAAACUUAAGGUACACAUCAUAAGUUCGAGAAAACUCACGCGGUUUAGGUCUGCUAGGAGAAAGACUUUUGUAGCGCUUCGUAACCUUCUGUUUGCUCCGGCUUCGACAACUUUGUCCACGAGUAAGUGUAGGAGAUAAACAUGUAGAGCUGAUUAAGACUUUGCUGGUGGGGAUAGUAGUAGUAGCAAACAAAAAAACCUUUUUGUAGCAAAGGAAUGGACACGUUUGUAUGCUAAUGGUGCUUGAAGGUUGUCGGAAUGAAAUGAAAUGCUUUGCAUAUAGAAGAAUGUGAAGUGUAUUGUAUUCAGCUGGUGCCAAGGACGACGCUUUGUGGAACAAAUUGUUGUUUAAGUAUUGUUUCUACAUGAUGCUUUACCCUCAUCUUUCUUUCAGAGAUUAUUUUCUGGAUUUUCUUUUAGCCAAAAGGAAAGACAUAUGAAAAGAUUCUUUUUAUGGUAAAUGAAAUUGCAAUGUCUUAUUUACCACAUCCAUUCCAUAAUUUUCUUCAUUUUCAUUUCCCAAAAUUUACUCCCACCUUUAAAUAUAGAAUCGGUUCAUGUUGGAGGAAAGAAAAUUUGUCUUUGUUU